AUGUCCGAACAGUCCGAUAAACUCACCCAGCAAGCUCUUCGUGCCGAGCGCAAUCUCAACUCCUACCAAGCCAAACAAGGCGUAGGACGGCAGAGCGAUUCGACUGUUGAAUCCGGCGUGAAUGAGAUGGCCGGCAGAGAGGUUGGCCAGGACAGCGAUAUCCGAUAUGGAAGAGGCUCGGCCACCGCAUCGGGAAGCGAUCGCAAACUAAUUCCAGAGAGCGAAGGGGGUGGCUACGAUUCCCGAGGAAGGUUGACCCAAGCGAAACACUUCAAUGGUCCCGGUGGUCCUGAAGACAAGAUGAAACGCGCCGACGAAGCCCUUACUCCCCAGGGAUUGAAAAGGCACGAGUAG